AUGAAUCCGCGCGACCUGGACGGCGACGACCUCGACCGAUGGCGUGGGUUCACUCAAGAUGAGCUCGAUGUUGCGAUACGCGUCAUCGAGCGGUGCGCGCGCGCGUCGUCGACGAGCGAUGAGGUGAGGGGUGAACAAGGCGCCGCCGGGGAAGAAAACACUUCGACGACGGCGGCGCGCGCGCACGACGUCGACGUCGACGCGUGGACGCAUCCCGCGCAGAAGCGUCUGCGUCAGGCGGUGCUGCCGCUUUUGGAGCGCAUGCACGGGAAGAUGUUCCACGGGAUGACUCGGCGGGAGUACGUCGCGGCGAAGAUGCCGAAACGCGAGCGAAACAGAAAGAAAAUGGCAGAGAAAGCGGCCGAUCGGGCGAAACUGGACGGGACGACGUUGAGAAACGAGCGCUUAAAACGGUUGAAUGCAUUACAGGAGAAUAAUGGGGAGAUUAACGCGCGGUUGAUCCCCGAUGGGGUGGUCGCAAGCGCCUCGGGCGCGUCGCUCGCGGCGAGUGCCUCGGGUGAGGCAGAUGAUGGGGAGGAGUUCAAUCUGUUACGGGCGUGUUACGUGUGCAAGUCGCGGUAUAGAAAGUUACAUCACUUCUACGCCGCCCUCUGCCCGGAUUGCGCGACGUUGAAUUGGGAGAAGCGGUUUCAGACAGCGGACAUGCGAGGGAAGUAUUGCGUGGUCACCGGCGCGCGGGUGAAAAUUGGCUAUCGCAUUGCGCUAAAACUCCUGCGAGCGGGGGCGAAUGUGAUCGCGACCACGCGGUUUCCCAUCGAUGCAUUGAAGCGGUUCGAGUCAGAGGAGGAUUCCAACUCUUGGAUCGGUCAUUUGCAGCUUCUCGCCAUGGAUUUGAGAGACUUACCAGGUCUGGAGCGUCUGUGCGCGCAUUUGUUGAACACCUUGCCUCGAUUGGACGUCCUCGUGAACAACGCUUGUCAGACAGUUCGACGACCUCCGGCGUAUUACAAACACCUUCUACAGGCUGAAGCGCAGGCGGGAUUCACCCGCCCGCUCGCUGGGGCAAACAGUCGAUGUGAUUUCUUACCCGGCGCCGACAUGGAGCCAUCACCGUCGGCCCUGAGCGAUUGGCGACAAGGGGAUAAGUUCAAGGAGGCAGGAUGGAUGGCGCCCUCGGCGGCGAUGUCGCAGCUUCAACUAAUCGCAUCAGACGCGGACGAAUCGAACGAGCACUUCCCCGAGGGCGCGCUUGAUGUGAACGGACAACAGGUAGAUUUGAGAAAGAAGAACUCGUGGACGAUGAAACUGGGUGAGAUUGAGACGCCCGAGUUGUUGGAAGUGCUCGCGGUGAACGCAGCGGCGCCAUUUGUCCUGAACGGGAAACUUCGACCGCUCAUGGCAAAGACAGUGGCGAUGGAUAAAGAAGCCGGGAUCGAGCACGCCGCGGCGUUCAUAAUCAACGUGUCUGCGAUGGAGGGCCAAUUCGCGCGCGCGAAGACGGUGCACCACGUGCACACCAACAUGGCGAAGUCCGCGCUGAAUAUGAUGACGGCGACGAGCAGCAAAGAUUUAGCGUCCGAGGGUAUCUACACUAACUCUGUGGACACCGGAUGGAUCAACGACGAGAAUCCUCUCGAAAAGGCGUCUCGAUUGGCAAAGGAACAGGGCUUCCAGACGCCCAUCGAUGAGGAGGAUGCGGCCGCGCGUGUGCUCGCACCCGUGUUCGAGGGAUAUGCCGAAUCGCCAGAGACGUGGCCGCCGGUCUUCGGAAAGUUCUUAAAGGAUUACCGCGAGACGCUGUGGUAG